AUGGCGAGCAUCAUGAAGGCCGAUGGUGGCCAGUGUCGGGGGGCUUUCUCUGUGGUCCGGCGCUGUGUCAAGCUCUGCACCGGCCAUGAGUAUGCAGCCAAGAUCAUCAACACCAAGAAGCUGUCGGCCAGAGAUCACCAGAAGCUGGAGAGAGAGGCUCGGAUCUGCCGUCUUCUGAAGCAUUCCAACAUCGUGCGGCUGCAUGACAGCAUCUCUGAGGAAGGGUUCCACUACCUGGUCUUUGAUCUGGUCACGGGCGGGGAGCUGUUUGAGGACAUUGUGGCCAGAGAGUACUACAGCGAGGCGGACGCCAGUCACUGCAUCCAGCAGAUCCUGGAGGCGGUUCUCCACUGCCACCAAAUGGGGGUCGUCCACAGGGACCUCAAGCCCGAGAACCUGCUCCUGGCCAGCAAGUGCAAAGGGGCGGCUGUGAAGCUGGCGGACUUCGGCCUGGCCAUCGAGGUGCAGGGGGACCAGCAGGCAUGGUUUGGGUUCGCCGGCACGCCAGGCUACCUGUCCCCAGAGGUCCUGCGCAAGGAGGCCUAUGGCAAGCCGGUGGACAUCUGGGCGUGCGGGGUGAUCCUGUACAUCCUGCUUGUGGGCUACCCCCCCUUCUGGGACGAGGACCAGCACAAGCUGUACCAGCAGAUCAAGGCAGGAGCCUACGACUUUCCGUCCCCCGAGUGGGACACGGUCACUCCUGAAGCCAAAAACCUCAUCAACCAGAUGCUGACCAUCAACCCCGCCAAGCGCAUCACAGCACAUGAAGCGCUGAAACACCCAUGGGUCUGCCAACGCUCCACUGUGGCCUCCAUGAUGCACAGGCAGGAGACCGUAGAAUGCUUGAAAAAGUUCAAUGCCCGGAGGAAGCUCAAGGGUGCGAUCCUCACCACCAUGCUGGCCACGAGAAAUUUCUCAGUGGGCAGACAGACCACCGCUCCGGCCACAAUGUCCACCGCGGCCUCCGGCACCACCAUGGGGCUGGUGGAACAAGCCAAGAGUUUACUCAACAAGAAGGCUGAUGCGGUGAAGCCCCCUACAAACAGCACCAAAAACAGCACCGCUGCCACCAGCCCGAAGGGGACACUUCCUCCGGCCGCCCUGGAGCCUCAAACCACCGUCAUUCAUAACCCCGUGGACGGGAUCAAGGAGUCAUCGGACAGCACUCACACCACCAUAGAGGACGAGGACACAAAAGCCCCCAGGGUCCCUGACUCCCUGAGCUCCGUGGGGAGGGGCUCGGCGAGCUCUGAAGCCAACCCCCCCACCUCAUGUCCGCCUCCCGGUUGCCCCCUGCCCACUCCGCCCCCCAGGGUCCCUGACAUCCUGAGCUCCGUGGGGAGGGGCUCGGGGGCCCUGGAGGCUGAGGGCCCCCUGCCUGCUCUGUCUUCUCUGUCCUGUGUGCCCCCACCUGCCUCCUGUUCACGUCUGGUCGGUUCCACCCCAGCCCCCAGGCUCUCUGACAUCCUGAACACGGUGAGGAGGGGCUCAGGGGCCCCGGAAGCCCAGGGCCCCCCACCCUGCCUAUCUCCAGCUCUCCCAGGCCCCUUGUCGCGGAAGCAGGAGGUCAUCAAGAUCACCGAGCAGCUCAUCGAGGCCGUCAACAACGGGGACUUCGAGGCCUACGCGAAAAUCUGUGACCCAGGCCUGACCUCGUUCGAGCCUGAAGCUCUGGGCAAUUUGGUCGAAGGGAUGGACUUCCACAGAUUCUACUUCGAGAACCUGCUCGCCAAGAACAGCAAGCCCAUCCACACGACCAUCCUGAACCCGCACGUGCACGUCAUCGGGGAGGACGCCGCGUGCAUCGCCUACAUCCGCCUGACGCAGUACAUCGACGGGCAGGGCCGGCCCCGCACCAGCCAGUCCGAGGAGACGCGCGUGUGGCACCGCCGCGACGGCAAGUGGCAGAACGUGCACUUCCAUUGCUCGGGCGCGCCCGUGGCCCCGCUGCAGUGAAGAGCUGUGGCCGGCUUCGCGGGACAGACUCGGUGUUUGGAGCCCGGCCGCCCUCCUGUGGCCUGCCUGUCGCAUGUUUGUGUCUGCCUCGUUCCUCCCCUGGUGCCUGUGUCUGCAGAAAACCAAGACCGGACGUAAUUUCUUUUUAACACCAAGAUGACGACCACCA